AUGUUGACCUACGCAUGUUUGACCGCCUUGGUUCCAGGCAAAAAGCAGCCUGCAAUUCGUGUGAAGAUAGUCAGAACAUGGAUGUCACCUUUUGGUUCAAUUCGACCCAAUACAUGUAUGGUUUUUGGAGAUGAAAAAGGUUCAAUGAUUGAAACAACUUUGCCUUGGGGUGUGGUAUUGCCGUAUGAAAUCAAUCUUGACGAAGGUGAUUGGUUUGAAAUCUUAGAUUUUAAACUAAUUCAUGCUUCUGGAUUGAUUCGAACAACAAGGAGCAAAUACCAUAUCAACCUCACUCAUGACUCGGUGGUAACGAAGAUUCAGCCUAUCACCGAGUGUAACUUUCUCUUUUGUGCGAGUUACAAAACCCUCCUCCGUGGUCUAUCCCAUCCUAAGUUCUGUAUUGGCCUAUGUGGAGCUUUGGUUGAAGUAGGUGAUAUCCAAGAUUUCUCCGUAGCGCAAGCAAACCAGUUUAAUCAAGGAUUUCAACCCCGCAUUCGUUUCACGCAAGUUAAGUGUGUUGUUUAUGGAGAUCUUGCUGAGAAGUUAUAUGAAUACUGGUCUUCUACAACUGCAAAUGUUGUCGUCUGUGUACUAAAGCUAUGGAGAAUUGAGUGGGGUAAUGGUCGAUUCAGAUGUCUUACAAACAUUGAAGGCUGUUCGGAUAUUUUAUUUGAUCCUGAAAUUCCUGAAAUAAAUUACUUUCAAUCAAUGAUUCCAUUCACUACACUUUGA